UUAAUUUCAAAUUUUUGGGAGUAAUACAUUAUUCAGAUCUGAGUAGAAAUUGAUUUACUUGCUAUCUAAAAAUCUGUGGUGUUUGAAAAUGAGUUUGAUAUCUGGCCUUGUAGUUGUUGAUUUGUACUUAAUUUGGACGUGAUAUUGUACUCGCCGUUAUUUUGCUGAAGUUGGAUGUAGGGGUGUCCGAUGUUUUAUUUGGAAAGGGUAAUUCAUUGGUUGUGUUGCGUAUGAAACUCUGUGUUGAUAUGUUGGUUCUCAUGAUCUGCAAGUGGCUGUGUUGUUUAUGUACUCACUUUCUUACUGGUGCUUCUCCAUCUGCGGAUUCAGAGUUUAUGUGGAUCAUCAGAACAACGGCAAGGCAUCUAUGCUGAGAGAGAUGACCCGUCUCCUCGGCGAAUUGGUUACUCAGAUGGACAGCCUGAAAAAGGAGAAUGCAACUCUCUUAUCGGAAUAUAAUUAUAUCACAGCUGAGAAGAAUGACCCCGUCGAGGAAGCUUCUGGUUUAGAUGCUCAAGUGAAGGGGCUGAAGAGAGAAAUAGACGAGAGGGCUAUCUGUUCAAACGCACAUGUUUCUCAACCAUCGACAGCACAGUUACCCGAAGGCCAUGUUGCAAUGCCACUCAUCGGGCAUGCCUCAGAGGCGGCAGCCCCUGUCAUUGGUCCUGUGCUGGUCGUGCCAUUGCAUCACGAGCCACAACUCCAAGGCUUCGGUAACUCCUUCCCAGGUAUGGAUGGGCCUAAGGUUCCCUCUGGUGUGAGCAAACCGCGAGCACGUUACCCUUCGUCGUCUGAUUCUUGGCCUUCUCAUAUUCUCACCAAGUAGUGUAGAAUGGAAUGGUUAAAUAUGUAGAGAGUUAGUCAAGCAGCUUUAGUGCUGAAAUGAGGAUCAAAUGGAGCAUUUUGAUGUUUGAGUUAGAAUUCGAUUUUCUUUGUA